AUGAUUUCUGUGAACAGACUCAGACUGGUACUCCUGGUGUGUGGUUUCUUCACUUUUUGGGAUCCUGUGAAAACACGGACGCAUGAGAAAGGAUCAACAACCACGGGAUGGGGGUUUCCUUUACAGCUCGUCUGUGGAGGGAAACCUUAUAAUCCUCAAAAAGACACUUGCUGUAAACCCCAUGAAAAUGGAAAAGGUAACCUGACAAAAGGCCUUAGUGAAAGGAUGUCUCAAUGCUGUGGAGAGGUGGCGUACAACCCACUUAAUGAAAUAUGCUGUAACCGAACUGUGAAACCCAAACCUUCACAUGAUGCCAAAUGCUGUGGUGAAGUGCCUUAUGAUAAAAAGAAGAACAUCUGCUGCACUGGCAAAGUGCUGGAGAACCGUUCUCCUGACCAUCUGUGCUGCUACGGGAAACUGUUUGACUCUUCUAUUGAGAAUUGUUGCCAGUUUGUGUUUCCUCGGAUUCAGCUGAAAAUCAAUAAUUCCAACGUCUGUGAGAAAAACUUAACAUGUGAUCCCACAUUUUCUGGAAAUAAUCACUGUAAGAACUUCAGUGCUGACAACCAAACCAAUGAGAUCAACAAAUCAGACGAGCAGGUUUGUGAGGACGGGAAUGAAAAGGAGGUGUACCAUAAGAAGGAAGGUUUUGAAUGCUGUGGUCACUACUAUUUCAACCAUACCCUCUGGUCUUGCGAGAAAAGAAAACUGCAUGGGAAAAUCCAAAAUGACACUAAUUUGUUGUUUCAACCCGACUAGUUUCUGCAUUUUUAUGAGAUUUAUGUAGUGGAUUUUUUUUUUUGUGUGCAGUCUAAACAUCAGUGAGAGAAUACUCAAGUAAGUAUUAGGAAGAUCUUUCCUUUUAAUCACCAAAAGCAAAGUCUUGUGUAUAUUCCUCUUUUUUUAAUUUAAUUGGCUAUUCUGGAUGUCACGGCUCUGAACAGCUGUGCCCUAAAAUUGAGUGAAGAGAAAAAUGGCUGCUGCCGUACUUCAACAUCCUGAUAUCAUAAGAACACCUAUUCCAUAUGCUUCACAAAUUAAGCUGUGUAAAAUAUGCACUUGUUUAAUGAUGUAUUGACUGACUAACCACAAUGUCACUUCUCCAGUCCACUGUAUGUAUUCUCAGUAGGUUGCCAGUGGCUGGUCUGACAUGCUUGUUGUUACUGUAUUACGUCUCAUUUUUGCUGUGGUAAACCAGUGUGAUCACAACUUAGCUAAGAACCAGUCUGUCUUUCCACAUUCAAAGAACCAGUUCUACAUCAUGCCUUUAAACUAUACUCAAUAUUUUUGUCUCAGGAUUGCGGUAGAGGGCGAUAGCUUAUAGGACCCAAAUGACUGUUCUUGUCUCUGAUCCAUGUAGACAGCCCAGUUAUGAUUGCGGUUUUAACAGUCAGUGGUUUUGAACACACUUUACAAUGCGAGCUGGAUCUUUACGACGGUCUCAUUGUGAACUGGGAGUGGGUUGAUGGUGCUGUUUUUGCAAGUCAGAAUACAGUGGGAUUUGUUAUGUGAUUUGGUGCUAACUGCUUUCAGGAAUACAACAACAUAACUAUAUUCAAAGACAAGAAUAUGUUUACAAAUAAAUAUUUAUAGCACUAGUGGUGCCACUGUUUAUCCAGGCACACAAUGUUAGAAGUGCUUAUGGAAAACCGAAUCGCCUCGGCAAUAAGCGCCAAGCCGUAUUAGCAACUUCAGGGCUGUUUUUGUUGCUUUUUCAGGCUGGGACUCAGGAAAUGUUUGCAUAUAAACAAAAUGAAUCAACAGUAACUCCGCCUAGUUCAAAUAAAAACUCUGACAUUUGUUGGGAAAUUAAAUAAUCAAUGUUAAAUAGACUCAUCUUUUUAAGAGAAUAUUUGAGCUCAGCUGUACAAAUGACUCUUCAAACAACUUAAAUUAAAAAAUUCUUGACCUGACUUGUCAUUAUUUAAUGAGUUUUUGUCCAAUUUGAGGCACUUUAAAAUGUAAAAUAACUAAAAAGCAACACUUACUCCUUAUAACAUCACUGCCUUUACCUUUUGAACACAUUUCUUUCUUUCCUCUGUGUCAGCUGUGAAUUGGUGCCACAAAGAGUCGACUCUUUGAGUGGUGUAAACAGACUUGGCCACAAGCAAAGAUUAGCACAAAAAAUUUAUUCAUGGGUUAAAAAAACAAAGUGAGCAAAUACAGUCUAUACGUACAAUCUAUAGGAUUUAUAGAGCUUUUAACUUUAGCAAUAACAUUUGUUGCUGCAUUUAUACAAUGCAUGCAACUUCUUAAUUACUGUACACAUUAUACUAUAUUAACUGGAAAGUUUCUCUGUUUUUACUAUAUCAAAAUUCUGAUGUGAUUUUUUUUAAAACCGAAAUUACUGCCACUAAAUAUGUAGAAAUGUAAUCUCAUCUGCACGCCAUAUUUAUCUUAAAGGGGGGGGAAAUAUUAUCGAAAAUUGACUUUUUUGAGCUUUACGUCAUGUACAUCAGAACCGAGUGCCGUCCUCGACAACAAAGCUCAGUGUUUAAGCUUCUGAGCUUCCAUGUUACAGAGCAGCAGCUCGUCUAAACUCCUUCAGACUAGCCAGACGGGCAUAAUCCAAGAAGUGUGUGCUCUGCUCUUUCAAAUGCAGAGUUACGAGUGGAACUGUGCAUUCGACUCUCCCAAAAGCCAAGAGUGUCAGAAAGAGUAAGAGUUGUUAAAGAGACAGAUUGCAUUUUGAAAUCAUAAUAUAUUUUUACAAUGUUGCUGUCUACAAUGGUUAAAAUGAAGCUCGAUCAGUGAAAAAAAGCUAUCCCAUCAUUUCGCCAUAUAUUUUCUCCUUGUCUUGGGGGGAGAUCCAUUGUCAUAGCAGGGUCUGCAUAGGCUGCUGGAUUUUUUUUUCCUGCAGAUUUUUGCCCAGGGAACUAUUGCUCAUGUUUAUGACAAAAGCUACACUGUUUAUAUAUAAGCUUAAUAGAUGUCAUAUAAUGUGGCCUUUGAUAAUAUAUAUACGUUUACAUAUAUAUUUAUGUCUAACAAGUUCAGACAUAAACAUUGUAAUCCCAUAUUGUUAAUGCAUCAGUUGUCGAAAAAAAUAAACAUAGAUUUUUGUGACUUAUGCUUCUUUCUAACAACUUCGAUCAGUUCUUAUGAAUGUGAAUUCUGUACUGUAACAUGUGCAGUAGUUAUGGAAAACAUGGUGACUCUGAACCUUUCCUUUUUACUGCAUGUAUUUGAAUGAGUUUUUUUAAAUAAAAAAUAUACUCAAUGUUUAUUCACAAUGUUUUUUUUUUAUCAAUACACUGUAUGUUUGCAUUGACUGGUGUCUUUCAAAUAAA